AUGGAACACACUUCCAUUUCCACUAGUCCUCUGCAAGCCAACGCCCAUGUUCUACUGUUGCCAUUACCUCUUCAAGGACACGUUGCACCAUUUAUGAAACUAGGACACCAGCUUGUUAGGCAUGGAAGCAAGGUCACAUUCUUAACUACAGAGUCCAUACGUUCGCAAAUAGAGAAGGUUGACGAGGAGGAGGAACAUAUGAGGAUUAUUUCUGUUCCUGAUGGAUUAGCGCUAGAAGAUGACCACAAAGAUGAUAAUCGACUAGUCCAGAGCUUCUUACACGUCAUUCCUGGUCACUUGGAGAACUUGAUUAGGAAGACCAAUGAAGAUGAGCUGAUUGGCAUUGGCCAGAUUACUUGUCUCAUAGUUGACGUGGUUCUAAGUCGGGAUCCUAUAGAGAUUGCAGAGAAGAUGGGGCUAAAACAUGCCAUCUUUUUCCCUUCAGCACCAGGAGUACUGGCACUGAUACUUCACAUUCCAAAGCUUAUUGAGGCUGGCAUUAUAGAUGCUGAUGACGGUACUGUGGAGAAGAAUGAGAAGAUACAGCUAUCACCAAAUUUACCAGCCAUGGAUAGUGCUGAUUUUAUUUGGAAGAGACCAGGAAACAAGUCCAACUUCAACCAAAAGGAUGUGUUUCAGUACCUACUUCUUGUUAAUCAAAUUCUGAAGGUUCCCAACUGGGUUCUAUGUAACUGGUUCCACGAGCUUGACCCUUCAGCAAAUGCCUUGCUUCCGAACAUAAUCUCUGUUGGUCCAUUGCCUGCCCAUGAUGGGAAAUCUACUGGAAACUUUCGGUCAGGGGACUUGACUUGCUUACCUUGGCUUGACAGACAGUCUCCUGGAUCGGUCAUUUAUAUCGCCUUUGGUAGCACAUCAAAGUUCAGUCAACAGCAAUUUCAUGAGCUAGCAUUUGGCCUUGAACUCAUCGGUAAACCAUUUCUAUGGGCUGUUCGUUCAGACUUCAUCGAUGGGAUUUCUAUUGAAUAUCCCGAUGGUUUCCAAGAUAGAGUAAAAAAUCUUGGAAAGAUAGUCAACUGGGCACCGCAAGAAAAGGUGUUGGCUCACCCUUCCAUUGCCUGUUACAUGACUCAUUGUGGUUGGAACUCAACUAUGGAGAGCAUAAACAUGGGGAUUCCCAUGCUAUGUUGGCCGUACUUUGGAGAUCAGUUUUGGAACAAGAGUUGUGUAUGUUAUGGUUGGAAGGUUGGCUUGGAAAUAAACCCUGACGAGAAUAGGAUGGUCACGAGGCAUGAAAUCAAGAGGAAGGUGGACGAAUUGCUGUCUGAUGAAGGCAUAAAAGCAAAUGCUCUCAAGUUGAAGGAACUGGCUCAAAACAAUGCCUAUGAAGGGGGAUCUUCAAAAAAUUUCAGAGACUUUGUUGCACAACUGAUGCUUUAA